GGCUUGACCCUCCUGGAGGUGUUCUUGUACGGGGGCAAGAGCAGCGCCGUGAGGAUGCUGAUGGCGGCUUUUGCCUUCGUGCGUCCGACCCUCGGGCGGCGGCAGUGGCGCCAGCUGUGGGCGGCGCGGGCUGCCAAGACCUUGUCAUGCCUGGCGCCGCCGCGGCCGCGGCUGACGCUCUCACGGCCUGUGGUGUGCCUCCUCGUGGUGACGUUGUGCUGCGGGGGCCUGGAGGAGUACGUUUGGCCCACCGCGCCCACGGUCGACCUGUGCCCGAGGCCGCGCGAGGCGCUGGAUUUCGUGCAGUCGCAGCUCAUCCCGCCAAGGCUCACCGCUGCCGAGGCGCUGCACCAGUGGUGCAUGGUCCUCCAGCCGUCCGACAUGCAGACCCCAUCCAUGACAGACGUGCUCGACGAGACCCUGCGGGCGGGCCUCACCCGCUCCCCGUGGGUGCCACGACCCGUGCAGGAGCCGCACCGCCGGACGCCUGGUGGCCACCGCCCUUGGCCUGUGGCCCAGGCGCAGUGGAGCGGCCACGUCAUGGCCGUCUUGGCCGAGCUCGGCCUGCAGGUCUGGAGCUACCUGAUGCACGGGCACAAUGGCGCAUGCCACGAGCUGUUCGCGGCGGCGCGGCCUCUGCGGGACAUCCACAUGCGCGCCAGGUGGUCGACCGACGCCGCGCUUCAAUGCUACGCCGAGGGGAGGCAGGUGCAGGAGCAUCUUCGCGGGCUGCCGCGCGCCCUGCCGCUAAGUGCCGAGCAGGUCUUCAGCGGCUCGGGCCGGAUGGCGGCAGCGUGGCGCCUGCGUUUUCAUUCGCAGCAUGCCGCUUUCGAGCUGGACAUCCGCCACGACGCCGACAGCGACCUCCUCCUCAGGCGGAUCAGGCAGCUGGUUCGAGGCUGGGUGCGGAGUCGGCUCAUCGUCGCGAUCUGGAUUGCGACGCCCUGCCAGUCCAUGAGCCGCGCCCGCAACCGCCCCAACGGGCCACCACCCUUGCGGACGGCUUUGUUUCCGCUGGGGCUGCCAGGCCUGUCGCCAGGAGAUCAGCUCAAG